AUGAGACUCCCCAAACUCCUUACUUUUUUGCUUUGGCACCUGGCUUGGCUGGACCUGGAAUUGAUCUGCACUGUGUUGGGUGCCCCCGACUUAGGCCAGAGACCCCCAGGGGCCAGGCCAGGGUUGGCCAAAGCAGAGGCCAAGGAGAAGCCACCCUUGGCCCGGAACAUCUUUAGGCCAGGGGGUCACAGCUAUGGUGGGGGGGCCACCAAUGCCAGGGCAAAGGGAAGCUCUGGGCAGACACAGACCAAGAAGGAUGAGCCCAGAAAAAUGCCCCCCAGAUCAGGUGGGCCUGAAACCAAGUCAGGACACCCUCCCCAGACUAGGCAGCCUGCAGCACGGACUGUAACCCCAAAAGGACAGCUUCCUGGGGGCAAAGCAUCCUCAAAAACAGGAUCUGCCCCCAGCUCCUUCCUGCUGAAGAAGACCAGGGAGCCUGGGACCCCUCGAGAGCCCAAGGAGCCGUUCCGCCCACCCCCCAUCACACCCCAUGAAUACAUGCUCUCGCUGUACAGGACGCUGUCCGAUGCUGACAGAAAGGGACGCAACAGCAGCGUGAAGUUGGAGGCUGGCCUGGCCAACACCAUCACCAGCUUUAUUGACAAAGGGCAAGAUGAUCGAGGCCCUGUGGUCAGGAAGCAGAGGUACGUGUUUGACAUUAGUGCUCUGGAGAAGGAUGGGCUGUUGGGGGCUGAACUGCGGAUCUUACGGAAGAAGCCCUUGGACAUGGCCAAGCCAGCGGUCCCCAGUAGCGGGCGGGCUGCCCAGCUGAAGCUGUCCAGCUGCCCCAGCGGCCGGCAGCCGGCAGCCUUGCUGGAUGUGCGCUCCGUGCCAGGCCUGGAUGGGUCUGGCUGGGAGGUGUUCGACAUCUGGAAACUCUUCCGAAAUUUUAAGAACUCAGCGCAGCUGUGCCUGGAGCUGGAGGCCUGGGAACGGGGCCGGGCUGUGGACCUCCGUGGCCUGGGCUUUGAACGCGCUGCCCGACAGGUCCACGAGAAGGCCCUGUUCCUGGUAUUUGGUCGUACGAAGAAACGGGACCUGUUCUUUAACGAGAUUAAGGCCCGUUCUGGCCAGGAUGACAAGACUGUGUAUGAAUACCUGUUUAGCCAGCGGCGGAAACGGCGGGCCCCACUGGCCAACCGCCAGGGCAAACGACCCAGCAAGAACCUCAAGGCUCGUUGCAGUCGUAAGGCUUUGCAUGUCAACUUCAAGGACAUGGGCUGGGACGACUGGAUCAUUGCGCCCCUUGAGUAUGAGGCCUUCCAUUGCGAAGGACUGUGUGAGUUCCCCUUGCGCUCCCACUUGGAGCCCACAAACCACGCCGUCAUCCAGACCCUCAUGAAUUCCAUGGACCCUGAGUCCACACCACCCACCUGUUGUGUGCCCACACGGCUGAGUCCCAUUAGCAUUCUCUUCAUUGACUCCGCCAACAAUGUGGUGUAUAAACAGUACGAGGACAUGGUCGUAGAAUCUUGUGGCUGCAGGUAG